AUGGAGGAGGAGGCGGCGGCCCUGGCGGAGCACAUUCUCCGGAUGCGAGGAACUUGGAUCUCGCCGGCGAAACGCGAGAAGGUGGUGGCGGCCAAGGGCCUCCCCGAGGGAUGGUCCGUGGUGGCAGGGCUGCGCAAGGAUCAGGGGCGCUACUUCUUGGCAUUCCGCGACUUUCGAAGCCCGGAUGGCACGUCGUGGCCCACUUUCGAGGCGGCUUCGAAGUACGUGAUAGCCAACUUGGAGCUGGGAGAGAAGAUCCGGGAGCUCAGGAGCUUGGAGGCUGUGGAAGGUGGUGGCGCGUUCGAAUGCGUGACGUGCAGGAAGAAGUUCAUGGAGAGCAGGCAGUGCAUUGGACACAUGAGUUGGCAUUCCAAGAAACGAAAGCGCAAUUGCGUGGAUUAGUUUAU